AGUGUUUCCGCACGGACGCUUUUCUAAACUGCACCCGCGUUUCAUGUGUUGUGACAGUUUGGAAAGACUCUUCGCGUCUUCUGGAAAGACAACCUGUUCAUUUGACAGACGGGUAGCCUCGGCUCUACCAUGGCCGGCGAUAUAAGCACGUCCUCGGCGGAGGUAGUUCUGGGUUUCCUGGAGGAGGCGGAGCCGUGGCGGCUUCUGUCCCCGCAGUUCCCCAGUAAAGUAGGGGGGAAACCGGCGUGGCUCAGCCAGAGGGGCCUGCCCUCACUGCCCGGGCUGGAGUGUGAGAUAUGCCGCCUGCCUAUGGCUUUCCUGCUGCAGGUGUACGCACCAGUUUCUGGUCAGGACAGAAGUUUCCAUAGAACGCUCUUUCUGUUCUGCUGCAAAACUCAUGAGUGCUACACGUGCAACGACAGCCGCUGUAUGAAAGUUUUCAGAAGUCAGCUACCUAGGAGGAAUGAGUUCUACCCCUACGACCCUCCACCAGAGGAUGAACCCCACAGCGAUCCUGAACCAGACCAGAGUGUGUUGUUCGUCUCUGGAGUUAAGCUAUGUUGGGUGUGCGGUUGUCCCGGCAACAAAGCCUGCUCCCGCUGUCACACUGUAAGCUACUGUGGAAAACACCACCAGACCCUCCACUGGAAACACGCACACAAGAGGGAGUGUUGCAGCCAAGAAGCGUCCAUUGUUACAGCCUCUCCCUUCCUCUUCCCUGAGUCUGAGCUGGUCACUGAGCCUGAGGAGGAGGAGAAGGAGAAAGAGGAAGAGGAGGACACAAAGGAGGCUGAAGAAGAAGAGGAAGGGAGUGUAGAUUGCCCCUCCUUAGCAGACACCCUGGCAGAGACAGACCUGGAGGAGAUGGCUAUGCAUGAGACUGAAGACAACAAAGUGUUCCAGCGGUUUAAAAAGAAGAUCGCACCAGAACCACACCAGGUGGUGCGUUACAGUCGAGGGGGCUCUCCCUUGUGGGUCUCUUCCCAGCACAUCCCUUCAGAUCAGGAUAUCCCACCUUGCACCUGUGGCGCCAAGAGGACUUUUGAGUUUCAGGUGAUGCCCCAGCUGUUAAACAGUCUGUGUGUGGACUCGACAGGAGCCAGUAUUGACUGGGGGACACUGGCUGUCUACACGUGCUCUGCCAGCUGUAACCAUGACGACCAGUACUGCCCCGAGUUCAUUUGGAAGCAGGACUUCAGCUCAGAUCAUCACACAGAUUAAACCUGUGUUUAAUGUUUGUGUGCUGCUGGACAGAGUUUAGGACACACCGAUGCAUGUGAAGACUCAAGACUCAGCAGUGAGGAAACUGGAUUUAGUCACACCUGUAGUGAUGUCACUCCCCAUUUAGCGGACUGGACAUCUGCUGCUGCUAUUGUAUGUAACUGGUCAAAUUAAAAAUCAGUGUGAAAUUCAGCUGACAAGGAGAGAUCAAACUCCUCCCUCUGAGAAAGAGAAUGCAGAUGUUUUUGGAUGGUAGAUAUCCACUGUCUGGAUUUAAACCAAAUUUCUUUUUAUGAGGAACAGUUGUACAUUUAUUAUUCUGUGUACUGACUGUGUGUUAUCUAUGAGUUCAUUAAAUGUAUCUAUUAAAAGUUCAGAUAGUCAAACAGGAAUCCUGGAUGCAGCCCAGUGGUUCUGCUUUCCUGCUACUUCCAAACCUUUUCUAUUAUACUUUUAAAUUGUGGCUGUUCAGAACAAUACAUCGCUCAGUGCUACAUACUGUUUAUACAGUAAGUCUAUUGGAGCUAAUUGUCAGCAAAACAAAUAAAAUAUGAGUUUGUGCCUUACCAUCA